CUUCGACGAGCCGAGUAGAUGGAAGUCUUCGCCCCUUGAUUCAGGUGGUGAGAGUGAGAGGUCCCUGGUGUAACCGUGUGCUUUUACCGUUUAUUAUGGAAAACUGCAGCGAGGACUAUAAGAUCCAGUCAUUUGACGUGGACACACAGAAACUGCUAAAAACAGCCUUGAAAGAUCCAAGUUCUGUGAACCUGGAGAAGGUCUCCAACGUCCUUGUGGACCAGUCGCUGAAGGACCCCUUGUUCAGCAAAGAGGCUGGCCGGAUUUGCUACACGAUUGUGCAGGCCGAGGCCAAGCAAAACAACGGAACCGUGUUCCGGAGGCACCUGCUGAACCGCCUGCAGCAGGAGUUCAAGGAGCGUGAGGAGACGAGGAAACGCUCGCUGCAGGGCUGGGUAUGCUACGUCACGUUCAUCUGCAACAUCUUUGACUACCUCAAGGUGAACAACAUGCCAAUGGUGGCCCUGGUCUUGCCUGUGUACGACUGUCUCAUGAGGCUGGCCCAACCAGACGCUCUGCUGAACGAGGAAGAGGUGGACUGCCUGGUGCUGCAGCUGCAUCGCAUCGGGGAGCAGCUGGAGAAGGUGAACAGCCAGCGGAUGGACGAGCUGUUCUUCCUGCUGAGGGACGGCUUUCUCCUGCAGGAGGGCCUGACCUCCAUGGCUCGCCUCCUGCUGCUGGAGGUCCUGGAGUUCAGGGCCGGCGGCUGGAUGCUCAGCAGCACCGCCCACAAAUAUUAUUACAGUGAAAUCGCCGACUGAGACGGGCGACUCGCGCACCUCGGACGCUUUCCUUUGGUCACCACUGAUUACCACACCAGCAGCUUCUCGAUAGAAUGCGACAUCUUCCGUGUAAUCAGAGACUGGAGUGAGGAAUGAGGAUUUUUGGUGCGUCGUUUCCUGCGUGAGAUCAAGGCUUGGAAUGUAACGGAUGUGAAAUGUGCAAUAGUUCGAAGCUUUUAGUUCUUAAGGUUUAUGCCACAUUCAGACAACCUUUGAUUCAAAACUGACAAGUUCUGACAUUUAAAAAAAAAAUCUUUGUUUGCAUUCCUGUUUUGUAGGAACAGUUUAUCACAUUUUUGAAGUUAAAAACAAGACAUUCCAGUCAGAUUCUAACUGAUUUAAUUUUAUGCUAUUGUUGGUAUUGUGUUGGAAUAUUUGCAGGGGGCGUUAAGACACUUCCUGUGUGAAGUUCAGGAGUUUCUAAAAGACGAGUUGCUGUUGAGCAGCAGGAUUCUUGUUACCGUUUGACGCGAGGCCGGUUCAUCACUUGAAGCGCCGUCUUUAUUCAGGGAGUUUUAUUUCUUGUCACAGCUUCAGUUGGAAGACCAAAAGGUCGAAUCCCUCACUUUCAAAACUUUUUGUUAUAUGUG